UAACCACAAAAGGCAAUGAUAAGGAGGUAGUCUAAAUCGAAGGUACUUUUUAAUUCUUGAGAUUUCAUCCUCGCAUCCUAUUAUCAGUAUACGUGGCACUCUUUACGAACCACCCACUACAAUCACUACAGACAGGUUGCUACACGAUGUUAUAAUUUGUUUUCUACUGAUUCGAUUAUUGAGUUGUGUGAAGAAGAAGAUGGAGUCCACAGACUCCCCUCUGUACACCACAGUAGAAAAGCCAGUUGCAAAGAUAAACAGAAUUUAUGCAUGUGUAUACUUUGGUGCAAUUCUAGGGCUUGUAUAUUAUCGCAUCCAGUAUAUGCCAAGUGAAGGAUAUGUACCAUGGAUUUUGAUAUUUUGUGCAGAGCUAGGCUUCGCCUUCAUGUGGGUAAUAGAGUCGAGCUGCAGAUGGUGGCUUGUGGAUAGAGUUACAUACCUAGAGAGACUUUCUAAAAGGUUUGAGAGGGAGCUACCUCCCAUUGAUGUAUUUAUAUGCACGGCUGACCCUCUUAAAGAACCUCCACUGGACGUUUCAAACACUGUAUUGUCUACUCUGGCUUUUAAUUAUCCAGUAGAAAGACUGACAUGUUAUGUAUCUGAUGAUGGAGGAUCCCCACUUACCUUUUAUGCUCUGUUGGAAGCUUCACGUUUUGCAAAGAGUUGGGUUCCUUUUUGCCACAAGUACUCCAUUCAGCAGAGAUGCCCAGAAGCAUACUUUUCCGAAUGUUAUGACAAUGAAAGUGACAACUUGUCCUUUGUUACAGAAUGGGAAUCUGUCAAGAAAAUGUACGAGGAAAUGAAAUAUUGUAUAAAUAGCAUUGUGGAGAGGGGCACUGUUCCAGCACAGAAAUGCAAAGAGCAUGAAGGCUUCAAAGAAUGGAAUCCGGGAAUGACUUCUCGAGACCAUCCCAGCAUUGUUCAGGUUUUGCUAGAAAGGGGCAAAGACAUUGACAUAGAGGGCAAUGACUUGCCCAGUCUUGUAUAUGUUUCCCGAGAGAAGCGACCUGGGCACCCUCAUAAUUUUAAGGCUGGGGCUCUCAAUGUUCUGAUUAGAGUCUCUGCUCUAAUGAGCAAUGCUCCCUUCAUUCUUACUCUGGACUGUGACAUGUAUGUCAACAACUGUGAAGCCCUUAGAGAAGCUAUGUGCUUUUUCAUGGACUCUCAAACUGGACACCAGUUUGCCUAUGUCCAGUUUCCCCAAAGGUUUCAUGGCAUUACCAAAAACGAUCUGUAUGCCAGUCGUCUGAGCAGGUAUUACAAUGUAUUUUUUAAAGGAAUGGAUGGAAUUGAAGGUCCAUUAUAUGUGGGCACCGGAUGCGUUCACCGCAGGGAUGUCUUAUGUGGAAGUGAGCGACAACAGAGCUCUUCAAAUUUAAUCAAAGAGCUUAUUAAUUCCUCAAUUUUAAGCAUGGAGAAAGCAGUUCCAUCCAAGAGAUUGGACAAAGCAAAAGAACUUGCCAAGUGCGACUAUGAGCAGAACACCCAAUGGGGCAAAAAGGUUGGCAUGCUCUACGACUGCGUAGUGGAAGAUGUUUUGACGGGGUUUUCUAUACACUGCAGAGGAUGGAAAUCUGUUUUAUGCUACCCCAAAAGAGAUGCUUUUCUGGGGUGUGCUCCUGUUAAUCUAAACGAUACUCUGAUCCAAAAUAAAAGAUGGGCAACGGGUCUACUGGAGAUUUUUGCAAGCAAGUUUUGUCCCUUGACUUAUGGGAUUCGCCAUACAAAAAUAGCUCAGAACAUGUCUUGCAGCUUUUUCUUUCUAUGGGCUAUGUAUUCAUUACCUUUAAUAUGUUAUGGGUCAGUACCGGCCUUAUCAAUGCUCUCCGGCCUAUCAGUAUUUCCUGAGAUUUCAGAUCCAUGGGUUCUCCUCUUUGUAUUUUUAUCAGUAUCUGCAUACGCAUACGGUGCUCUAGAAUAUAUAUGUGUGGGAGGAGGCACUUUUAAAGAUUGGUGGAACGAACAGAGGAUGUGGAUGAUAAAAGGCGUGUCCUCUUAUCUUUUUGCGCUCAUUCAAGUCUUCUACAAAUUGUUUGGAAUAACCACAUUGGAUUUUGAAGUAACAAGCAAAGUAUUUGACAGCGAAGUAACCAAACGAUACGAGCAAGAGAUUUUUGAGUUUGGGGUAGCCUCGACAUUGUUUAUUCCUUUCUCUGUCAUAGCACUGAUAAAUUUCAUAGCCUUAAUAGUUGGAAUUGUGCGAGCGAUGAGAGAAGGAUAUCCGGCCAUUGCGAGUAUGUUUGUGCAGGUAAUCGUGUUGAGCUUCAUAGUACUAAAUAGCUGUCCCAUAUAUGAGGGUAUGGUGGUGAGGAAAGACAAGGGGAGAAUGCCCACAUCCAUUACUUCAUUCUCCACUCUGGCUGCAGUGAUUGUGUGUUCUACAGCGUCAGCCAUAUCCUGGAGUUCUUCAAACAUAUAAUCAAAAUUUCACUUGGACAAACAAUCACCUGUCACAUCCCUGCAAAUUCUAUAUUUCCUUUUGUAUUAACUGUCUGAUGUUCCCAUGUAAUUUGGUGAUGUUCUGAUGUAAUUUGGAUUAAACAAGAACCUAAGAUUUAAAACUAUAUUUGUACUUGUUGUUUGUAUGGAUUCAAUAAUUAAUGUUAAAGAUUUAAUACUUUGAUCA